GAGUAUAGUUAUUACGUAGUAGGUUUGUACAUACAGUUGUAUUCCUUCACAUAAUUGUAGACAAUGACUACAGAUACUACAGUAUGUGGUGUAUGUUAUCGUCGCCAUUUAAAUACAUUGCCCACGAACUGGUGUGUAGAGUGUGAGGAAGCAUUGUGCUCUGACUGUAAAGAGCACCAUAUUGCAUCAAAGGCAACAAGUAUUCACAAGAUCAUUCAAAUAUCAGAAUACCAAUCGUUACCUUCUUUCGUAACCGACAUUAAUCAAUUAUGCGUUUAUCACAAUCAGAAGUACCAACUCCACUGUGUCAAGCAUGAAUGCGCAAUAUGCAACAAGUGUACAAAGGAGCAUGGGAAAUGUGGUGAAUUAAUUUCUCUGGAAGAAUUGGUAACAGAUAUUAAGACAUCAGAGAAGUUUUCAGACCUAGAGGACAGUCUUACUGAUAUCUUGGAAAAUUUCCAAAAACACCGAAAAGAUAGAGAAUUUAAUAUAACAAGUAUCAAAGACCAAAGGAAGACAAUAACAGAAGAACUAAGACACUUAACAAGUCGGGUGGUCCAGUAUUUUGAAAAACUGGAAGACGAAUUCAUUAAAGAACUAGAUAAAAAUGAACGGAAUUGUUGUAAAAGUAUUUCUUCAGUUAUCUCUUGGCUUUAUGAUAAAGAACAGGAGAUUCACCAAAUGAUUUCUGAAACCCAGAACAUCAAAAGAUAUGCAUCAGAUCUGCAGACAUUUCUUUGUAUGAAAGAAAUUCAGACGAAGACCAGCGAAAACGAGGCAAGUCUUCGGACUAUGUUGGGAAAUAAGAGUCUUGAAAAAAUUAUUAUAGAAAGUACAUUCGAUUCGCAGGUACAUGAUAUCCUGACUCUUAAGAACUUUGGUUCAAUAACACUUAAGAACAUUCCGUCUUCUAACAUUGACAUAUAUAGAAGGAAAGAUAGACAAGCUCAAAUAAUGGUUCCCAAACCAGAAACAUCAGUAAACAGCAUCAAAUAUGAAUUUAAACAAAAAAUAAAAACAUCUUGUAGGAACCCUUAUGGUUGUUCCGUCACUUCAAGAGGUGAAUUUCUUUUCUCAAAUUACGACAAAAAUAAUGAAAAUGUAUUAGUUAUGAAUAUUGCUAGUGAAGUGGAAUAUGCAAUCCCGCUUUUAAAGCCGUAUAGUUCAUUUGAUGUUGUUUAUUUAGGCAACACUACAUGUGCUGUAUCGACUGGAUACUCAGAUGAAUAUCGUGGUAUCAGUAUUGUUAAUCUCAAUUCCAGGAAAGUAACAAAAUUUAUUAACUUACCUGAUGAUACCUUUGGCAUAACGGUUCGUCAUUGA